UAUUCAAUGGUUUUUGAUAUCCUCAUUCAAAAUGUACUACAUUUAUAAUUAGCUGAAGUGAGUAAUACGAAACAGUGUGUUUUAAGUCGUUUCUCGAAGUGAAUCGAACUGGAUAGAAUAAUUGUAUUCAGCUUUUAUUAAUUUUCCGAUCGAUAAGGAUUUGGUGAACAUUAGAUCAAGAUGACUGGCUUUGAACUUCUUUGUGGGCUCGUCCUAAUCUUUCUUACCUUUUACUACUAUUUAGUACGCGAUUAUGAUUUUUGGAAACGACGAGGCAUUUCUGGACCCAAGCCAGUACCACUUUUUGGCAACUUUAUGAAUUCACUAUUGGGAAAAAUAUCUUUGGGUGAUGAAAUGGUAAAAUAUUAUAAACAGUACAAACAUUUACCUGUGGUGGGACUAUUUAUUCGUAACCAACGAGUCUUGGGUAUUAUUGAUCCUGAUAUAAUUAAAACCAUCCUGAUCAAGGAUUUCUCUAAAUUCGCCGAUCGUGGACUUAGAGUGAACAAAGUGGCUGAACCGUUAUCUCAGCACCUGUUUUCUCUGGAGACUAAAAGAUGGCGACCGCUAAGAACAAAAUUGUCACCAAUAUUUACCAGUGGCAAAUUGAAAGACAUGUUUUCUUUGAUUCUCGAAUGCUCUGUUAAUUUUGAGAAAUACUUGGACACAUUAGUAGCAGAAGGAAAGCCCAUCGACUGCCGUGAAUUAACAGCUCGAUUCACGACUGAUGUGAUUGGUAGCUGCUCGUUUGGAAUUGAUGCAAACGCCAUGUCGCAAAAGGAAUCAAAGUUCCGUGAAAUAGGAAGACAGAUUUUCUAUCCUGGCUGGAAGCAGAUAUUUAGGAUGAGACUUAGAGAGUCUCUUCCGAAAUUGUACACUCUUAUAGGUUACAUAUUACCGCAUGACGAAAUGACUAAAUUCUUCACAGAAAUUGUAUUAGAUACGAUUGAGUAUAGGAAGAAGAACAAUAUUGUCAGACAUGAUUUUAUCAAUAAGCUGAUGGAACUUCAAGCGCAUUCUGAGAAACUAGGCGAUAUUGAAUUAACGGACACAUUGUUAGCCGCGCAAGCAUUUGUAUUUUUCGCUGCUGGAUUCGAAACUUCCGCAGCAACGAUAGCCAAUGCUCUUUAUGAAUUGGCUUUAAAUCAAAAACUACAAAUUAAGGUAAGAGAAGAAAUUAGAGAACAUUACGCGUUGAACAAUGGAGAAUGGCCAUACGAGAACAUUAAUGAUAUGCCGCUUUUGGACGCAGUAUUUAAAGAAACAUUAAGGAAGUACCCACCAAUCACGAUUAUAAUGAGAAAGGCAGAAGAAAAUUACACUUUUGAAGAUCUAAAACUUACAAUACCAAAGGGCACAAGGAUUUUCAUCCCUUCAUAUGCAAUGCAGCAUGACCCUGAAAUUUAUCCUGAUCCUGAAGUUUUUGAUAUUAAUCGAUUCACCGCUGAUGCAGUAGCGAAAAGGCAUCCCAUGCACUACAUACCUUUUGGUGAUGGUCCCAGAAACUGUAUCGGUGCACGUUUUGCACUCUUCCAAACAAAAAUUGGAUUAAUAAAGGUUCUUCUUAAAUACAAAGUCGACACUUGUGAAGAAACCCGACCGUAUGAGAUUGAACCACGUUCUUUCUUAUUAGCACCAAAAAAUACAAUUACAUUAAAAAUGUCUAAACUAACUGUACUAGCGUAACUGUACUUAUAAAAUUAUUCCAAUUUUAGGAUUAACUUACUUAUCGUAACCAAGCGUAGAAAGUAUUUUUGUAAGAAUAAUCAGCGAAUAAUUGUUUUUUGUAAACAAAUAAUACGUGCAUAGGUACUUUUUCAUUUGUUUUAUUUAAAAAUAUUGAUAUAAUUAAUUUAAUAACCUAUAACCUAUAAAGUUAAUGCAACUUUAAAAAU